UGAUAUGGCAAAAGACGGCGAAAAAUAUUUUUCGUGCUUAACUUUUUUUUUCCGACGAAGGAAACGACUUAAGUGAACGUCAUCUCAGCAAAAUCUCCAAAAGAUUGACUUCUCAGGUAAAGUCGCCUGUUUUGAUGUGUUCUCACCCAUUGCAGUAUUUAAUAUAAAUCAAGUAAGAUGGAGUGUUUUAACCUAUUUCCAAGUCCUCUGGGACUGAGGGUUAUUACAAAAUAGCAGGCAAGUUAAUAAAUAGCAACUUCAUAUAGUAAGUACUUUUGAGAAUGCGAAGAUAGAAUUAGAAUUAUUUUAGAUGGAGAACAUCUACAUUUUUCCACGAAGCACAGUCAUGCGCCAUGAACACCUUUAAAAGAAAACGAAGGAAAAAAAAGUAUGAAAUGAAAGGCAAGAAAGUUAGGCCAGCUGAAACAGGAGAAAUGUACAUCAACAUGCGCAGUAUCUUUUACAACGGAGUAAAAGACGAGAAAAAUUCUCAAAAAGAUAUAAAUGUCAAAACCGAGCAAAAACAAACUUCACACCAUGCUGUUUACCACACAGAAAUAUACCAAACAUUUUUGUACAUUCAAAGGCGUGUUUAUUUACUUUCUGCAGUGAUUGGUGACACGAAACGACCGUUUAAUACAUGCAAGGGCUACCUCGGACUGCUUUUAUGGGUCAUGAAUUUGUGUAUACAUUUUGCUUUUGAUUUUUACGAAGCUCACGAUGUUUUCCACGUGUCAUGGGCCACUUCGAUUGGUAUUUAUUUGGUAAUGUUUGUUAUGUGUACUGCUUUUAUGAUUCGACACAGUAUGCGGUGGUAUGUACGACUUGUCAAAAAGCUGACCAAAGAUCUUAUUUAUUUGCCGACGUUAAAAAAAUUGAAGUUUAUUUUUAAGGUUACACCGAUGUUAUUGGCCGCUUGUUCUGUUUCUGGGGCAGCUGCGCAGUAUGGUUGCUAUGCCUACGACAAUGCAUUGACUAUAUCAUUCGGAAAUUCGAAAAAUCACACAACUUCGAACCCUUUCUCUACAUCAGUAGAAGUGCUACUCAAUAUUUUGCGUUUUACAAGUUUAUCUCAUAUUUACUACAUGAUGUUUCUGAUACUGCUCUUCAAUUCUAUCAUUUUCUAUACUGUGGUGCACUCCCAAAAAAUUUUUAACAAUUAUAUUGGCAAUGAACUGAAAUCUCAUCCACCAUCUAUGUCAUUCCAAGAAGCUGUCAACCAAUUUUCUAUGAGAACGAAACUUUUGCGAGAAGCCUCUGAAAACACUUCGGUUGUACUGGCAGUUCUUCUGGUUGCUACGAGUGUCUCCUUCGUAGUGAAUGCUUACAACUUUUUAUUUAUACAAAGAUACGCCAUAUAUGUAUGGUUUGCCAUUGCGCCUUUAUUAUGGACAGUAACGCCCUUAAUUGGUGGGGCGUUAGUCACUUCAGCAUAUCAUAAACUGAAACUAAUCGUCAUACAUUCUUGGGUUGAAAUCCCAGAAAAAUACGAUGAAAUAUGGUGCCGAAAACCGCCAACAAAAGAAGAAAUAUCAAAACUUCCACAACCAAAUUGGCGGGCUGGUCUGGAAAAUAUACGACGUAGAAAAGCGGAGCGUGAACGUAAAGAAAAAGAGGAAGCGUUGGACAAAGAAAAAAAUCAGGACGAAAAAAAUGGCGACAGUUUAGUAGACACAGAAAAUAAAUCAUAUCACGUCAUUAAUAUGGAGCUUUGCUGUCCCAGCCAACCACCUGUAAAUAAAGACAAUAAUAACAAGUAUGAAAGAGUUAAAUCAAAAAGAAAAAGUUUACUUCGGUUUGUUACCAAACAGAGCAAAAGCUCGACUAACUAUUCCGGAAAAAAAGAAAUAAAAGUCACCGGACAGGAACAGAAAAGUGACGACCCACCUGAACAGAACCAAGGCAAUUCGGUGCAUGAUUUUAAAGAAGGAGUGAAGCUAUCGAAGCACUCGGAGGUAAAAGAUAAACAGACAGUAAAACAAAGAUUCGGUAACGUCGUACGAGUAGCGCAAACCGUUGGGAAAUUUAAAAGCAUGCCGCGAAAGAAAUUUAAUUACGAGAAAUAUAUCAAAUUUUUAGAACUCACCUUGGAUACGAUUGGCUUCUCAUUGGGUAAAGUUACAAUCACAUGGGACAGAGUAUCAUUUUUUAUCGUUCUUCUUUUGACAUUGGUCGGUGUGUUUGCAGAAAACGCUUUCUUAAAAUAGAGAAUUAAUGUACACAUUU